AUGAUUUUAAAAUUAAAAAAAUAUAAUAUUUAUAAAUAUUUAAAAAAUUUUGGAAAAAAUAAUAAAGGAUAUAUAACUAUAAAAAAUAAAGGAGGGGGUAAAUUAAAAUAUAAUUAUAAAUUAAUAGAUUUUUGGUAUGAUAAUUAUAAUAUUAAAUUUAAUUAUAAAAUAAUUUUAUUUAAAAAAUUAAAGAAUUAUUUUAGAAAUAAUUAUAUAGGAUGUAUUUUAUAUUUAUCAUUAAUGUUAAAUCAUUUACAAAAAUAUAUUAUUUUACAAUAUAAUUAUAUAUUAAAUUCGAUAUAUUAUAUAACAAAUAUAAAUAAUAUAAAACAAGGAAGUUAUUUGCAAUUAAAAUAUUGUAAAUUGGGUACUUAUAUAUAUAAUAUUUCUAUAAAUAAUAAAGGUGGUAUUUUUGCUAGAUCUGCUGGUACUUUUGCUCAAAUAUUAACUUUUUAUAAAAAUUUUGUAUAUAUUAAACUACCUUCUAAACAAUAUAAAUAUAUACUUAAUACAUGUUUUUGUUAUAUUGGAAUUAAUAGUAAUAUUUUUUAUAAUAAAUAUAAAAUAAAAAAUGCUGGAUAUAAUAUUUAUUAUAAUAAAAAGUCACAUGUUAGAGGUAAAGCUAUGAAUGUAUGUGAUCAUCCUCAUGGAGGAGGAAAAGGUAAAACAAGUAUAGGACGUAAAUAUCCUUGUUCUAAGAAAGGAUUACAUUCAAAAGGAUAUAAAACUAAAAAAUAA